GCAUUAGUUCCCAGGGUGACGUCAUGUAGUCGGGGUUGGGAAACAUGGAGCGGGGAGAGACGUGCACUACACCGAUCCACAACAUCUCGGACUGAGAGCCUGCUCGCCGAAAAACACCAGCUCUCCUCCAUUAUAUCUUGACAGAUUGGGGUUGUGGGGAAGGCCAAAUCCCCCAGCUUGAUCAGGCCAGACACCCCACACGCCUCCCCCAACCCCACCCAUGGAGAAACAAGGUGCCGUGAGUGCGCUGGGCAAGGUCAGCGGCCUGAAACCGCCAAGUAAAAUUGUCCGUCCAUCAGUUGUGCCACCAAGGACAUCGCCAUCCUCUGGUACUGCAAAGCCAGUUCCUCCCGAGAAGUCCCCUGGCAGUGUGACCUCCCCAACCCAGGAUGGAAGUACUGACUUUCAGAUCGGGGAGAAGGUCUGGGUCAACAGCAACAAGCCCGGCUAUGUGCAGUUCAUUGGCAGCACGCAGUUCGCUCCAGGACAGUGGGCGGGCAUCGUGCUUGAUGAGCCAAUAGGAAAGAACGACGGGUCGGUUACAGGGGUGCGGUACUUCCAGUGUGAGGAUGGGAGGGGGAUAUUCACGCGGCCAUCAAAGCUUUCCAGGACUCCACUGCCAGAAAAGGAGGUAAACGGGGGUCAGGCCAAUCCCACACAAGAAACCGCUGCGACAAGCGAGCCUGCACCUGCUGUCACUGCCUCACCAGCUCCAGGCUCUGGAAUAAAGACAAGUGGCGUUCUGAACUGCAUGCUCACACCCGGUGAGUCAGUGUCAAACCUCUCCGACCCAGACUCUGUGACGAAGAACAAAAGGGAGCUGAGGCUGGGAGACCGUGUGCUGGUGGGUGGUACCAAGGCAGGAGUCGUGCGAUUUCUGGGAGAGACUGAGUUUGCUAAGGGAGACUGGUGUGGAGUGGAACUAGAUGAACCACUUGGCAAGAAUGAUGGGGCUGUAGCAGGGGCCAGGUAUUUUCAGUGCAUGCCGAGGUUUGGCCUGUUCGCUCCGGUCCAUAAGGUGACACGCAUUGGCUUCCCCUCCACAACACCUUCUAAGGCAAAGAGCUCACACAGGAGGUCCGCCCUCUUCAAGAGGAGCCCCAGUGCUUCCUCCAUCAGCUCGCUCAGCUCCGCCACCUCAUCAAUAAGUGGAAAACCCAGUCGAGCAGGACUGCUGACAGAAACGUCGGCUCGGUACGCCCGUAAGAUCUCGGGCACCACAGCGCUGCAGGAGGCUCUGAAGGAGAAGCAGCAACACAUUGAACAGCUGUUGGCAGAGAGAGCCCUGGAGAGAUGUGAGGUCGCCAAGGCAACCAGCCACGCAGGAGAGGUGCAGCAGGAGCUUUCUCUGCUGAGGAAAGGACAGGAUCAGUAUGCCGUGGAGAUGGAAGCAAAGCUCGAUCAGCUACGUUCGCUGGUGGAAGCAGCAGAUCGAGACAAAGUGGAGCUUCUUAACCAGCUGGAGGAGGAGAAAAGAAAAGCGGAGGAUCUGCAGUUUCGCAUGGAAGAGGUUUGCAUCACCAAAGGAGAUCUUGAGACGCAGACCAGGCUGGAGCAUGCCCACAUAAAGGAGCUUGAGCAGAGCCUGCUCUUUGAAAAGACCAAAGCUGAAAAACUCCAGAGGGACUUAGAGGACACUAGGGUGGCCACUGUGUCUGAGCGCUCCAGAAUCAUGGAGCUGGAGAGGGAGGUGGCAGAUCUGCAGCUCAGGCUCCGGGCGUCCCAGCAGAAGGAGGACGCUGUGUCUCUGUCCCAGCAACAGAUUAACAGCCUCAAGGCCCAGGCACAGUCUCAAGAGAAAAAGGUCAGUGAGCUGAGUGUCGACAUGGAGAGCAAACAGAAGGAGCUUCAGUCUCUAGAGCAAGAAAAGAGUUCUCUGGAGCAACAGAUGAACAGCCUGAGACAAAAGCUGGAGACAGCCGAGGAGGAGAGCGGGAAGACGGCAAAAACCAUGCAAAAACUGGAGCAGAGUGUGGAGCAGUCACAGAAAGACUAUCAGACCCAGAAAGAGGAGAGUCUGUGCAAAGAGAAGGAGCUGAAGACUCAGCUAACAAAGGUCACUGAGAAGUUGGAGAGGACAGCUCUGUCACUGGAGCAUCUGUCCAAUGAGAAUAAGAAGCUGGGUACAGAGCUCGAGGCUUUAAAACAACACAACUCCAAAUACCAGGAGGAGCUCAAUCUGUCGAAGGAGCGGAGCAGCUCGGAAAACCAGCGCAUUGGAAUCCUCUGCAAGGAAAUUGAGGAGCUGAAGCUGGCCUCCCAGAAGUCGCAGCAUCUCGAGGAGCACAAUGAUGAUCACAACAAUCAACAGCCAGGCAUGGCCACCAGAGAAACCAUUUCUAAUCAGGAAACACAGGAGGAGAUCCAUCACCAGAAAUCCACUGGAGCCUUAAUCUCAGACAAAGAUCGGGAACUGGAAACUCUGAGGAAUGAGAUUGCAGUUCUGCGAGGAGAAAACGCCAUGGCUAAGACCCUGCAGUCGACCAUGGAGGCUCUGGAAAGAGACAAAGCUCAGCUGCAGAGCCGCGUUCACAGUCUGGAGCAAAGGCUCAAGGCAACGGAGGCAUCAGAGGAGGAAGACAGGGGAGCUCCACUGUCAGGACACGCAGCUCUGGAGCAGCUGAGGGACGAGAAGGAGUUUGCUGAGGGACAGAUCAACUUCCUGAACAGUGUGAUUGUGGACCUGCAGCGCAAGAACGAGGAGCUGAAGAUCAAACUGAAGAAGCUCGCGCUGGCCGAGUUCAACGGCAACGAAGGGACUGAUGGUUUUGACGAAGGCGUGUCAAAGGAGGAGAAGAAGGCGACGCCCCGCCUCUUCUGCGACAUCUGCGACUGCUUCGACCUCCACGACACCGAGGACUGUCCCACUCAGGCCCAGAGCCCCGACUCCGUCCCCCACAGCACCUACCAUGGCAAGGCAUCAGACAAGAGGCCCUACUGUGACAUCUGCGAGGCCUUCGGUCACGCCACGGAGUCCUGCAAUGACGACCAGACCUUCUAGAAGCAGCAGAAUCUCUCUCUCCCUCUCUCUCCCUCUCUCUCUCUGUCUCCCCCACUGCAUUCUAACCCCUUCAUCUUACACUCCAGCGUUUCUCUCCCACAGUCCAGCCCAACAUGGCAGCAAAGUUCUCCAUAGUGUAUUUUUAUACUUGUAUUUAUGCACAGCACUAGUAACCACUGGUCUUUACUCCGCAGCUCUUUUCACCCAGAGAGAAUAAAACUCUUCUGUGACGCGGCUGCUCGUCAAAAUACGCUGCUUCGGUGCAAUAUUGUUUAAUGUUUUUGACAAAAGGCGUUCGUCUUCUGCACUCGUCCUCUCUAAGAGGUUGUUUUCAAAAAGAAGGAAACGUGAUUUUUUUUUUAAAAUAUUUUGAUGUCUUUUAAGGCUUUAUAAGCAAAUAUUAGCAAAAAGCACAGUUUUGACUGAAGGUGAUUUGACUUUACGUCGCUGUUCUCAGAGAGUGACACUGCCACGUCAAACAUUUUAUUCAUGUUUUAUUCUUUGUAAUAUUUAUAAAGUCACGUCUUGAAGGCCACUCACAUGAAAAGAAAUGAUGGAAAAAAGAGAGUCAAACGUUUUAAUAUUUCAAGCCAGCAAUUUGGAAUAUUUGAAGGGGGGGGAAGUUAUGAGACAUCCAUACUGUAUAUUAUUCUCAAAACACUAACACAAUUUUCUUGACAUAUUUAACAACUUUUAAUGCGCUUUAUUCUAAAAAUAUGAAUUUCACUAUAUUUUCACCUGAAGAACGAUAAACAUUCCGACUAAACUCUCUUUAAGACUGUUAUAAAAAACAUUCUCCACACAUAAUGACACAUUUAUUGAAAUGUAAUUGUAUUCUUAAAACCAUGUGACUGAAAUCUUAUUUUAAUAUUUUAACCUGACUCUAUUUAGUGGCCCUAAUAUUCUGCCCUCUGCCUCAAUGUUAUUCCAUUUCAGGAAGCUCAGUAUUGACCGUGGUAACCCCAGAAACAGUAGCUUUGACACGUCGGUCAAAUAAUUCUUAUUUUUCUUGUGUCAUGUGACCACAGUGAGAGCCAUAGAACUGCCGUUGUGGAGAUUUUCAGUCCGAUCUCACAAUCUUCCUCCAGAUUUGUGUGGUUUUGUUGAAGAAGUUCCUUUUGUAUCUUCACUUCUAAAAACUCCUUAAAGCCGCAAUUUAGCAAGUCUGAUCGCUUUUUCCUUCUUUUUCUGUACGGAGCUCCCCCUACAGUUUCGGAGUACAUAUUUUUACGUCACCACUGUCUACUGUUUUCUCCUCACUGUCCACUGAUGCUCCACCCUCCCUUCCCCUCUCCUGGCCAUGUGCAUUUGUCAGAGUUCCCACUCCCUUGGUUGACAUCAAGGUCCUUGAAAUGCUUUUCAAUUCCCCUUAAAUUCAAGGACCGAGAUCGGAGGGCAACUCAAGAGCUGCUUCGCCCAUGGCGUCCACUUUUAAUCGCUCAAGUGAUUGUCUUUUGGAUCUUGGUUCAAACCAGUCUAUUUUCUUUGCUAAGAGAUCUUGGAAUUUUCAUUUCCCAGGCAUCACAUAAUUUGCUCUCUCAUUGUUCGGCGUGGAAUCUCAGUGGAGAGAGACGGUGGACAGCAUCCACAACACCGCUAGUAAUGACGACUUGACUUGAUUUGUUCUGCAUAGGCCUAGUCUACGCACAUCAAGCAAGGCAGGGCAUACAUUUUGCAUGCUUCUGUGAAAAAAGCCGGCCUCGCUUGCUCUCUUCUCUGCUUCUUUUGCACUGGCUCUGCCAUGAUUAACGUCUAAAAUAACACUAUCACUGCCUUGAUCUUACAGCCGGUACCUGGCCAGGGUGUGCACGUGUGUGUCGUGCCGUGAAGCAAUUGGUUUUCUGCUAACAGACGCAGUAGGGGAUCGAAAACUCCAGAAACUGCUCCUAAAUAGAGCUCUUAUUGCGAUUAUUUUCUCUGCUACUGUUUCCAAGGUCACAUGCGAACGAUCUGUUUUUUUUCUCCAUUAACCUUUGCACAAGUCCGACAUGUACAUUAAUGACUUAUAGAGGAUUCUUUGUCGUUAUUGAUGGAGUAAAUUCAUUCUGUUAUUUAUUGUCUAAUCUGUCACUAACCAGUGAUAUUCCGUGGGGAAAAUAAGCUAGCACUGAUACAAACAUAUAACCUGCAUAGUCUGUACUGGGACGACUGUAGUUAGUUAGUGUAGGCGGGGCUUUUCUAAAAGCAUCUGCCUCAUCAGACCAAACUGCACAAGCCCUUGACUCGCUUCGAUUUGCACUGUCCACUUUAAAGGUUCAGCAGAAACAAACAGCUCUUUAAUGUUAUCCUUCAAAUGUUUAUUUAAAGGUUAUUUUUGUCAGAAUGGUCUCGUUUCUUACUGUCCUCUUUAAAGUUUGACAUUUUUGGGAAAUGUUAUUAUUUGCUGUUGCAUGACAAGGUCUCAAACUCAAAUGGGCAAGACUGGAUGCUCAGUGCCCCCCAGGUCAUUUGAAUUUGAGACCCCUCUUUACUGAAGAUGCGUAAAAAAGAACAGCUUUAACUUUUAUGGUAAAUGCUAUGUGUGAGAUUAGCUGAGCACAAACCCGGUCUCAUAUAAUUGUUGGCACACACUUUUAAAGGUCCAGUGUGUAAGAAUUAGUGACAUCUAUUGGUGAGACUGUAGACUGCAUCAAAUGGAAAACUCCUACAGCGUAAUCCUUUUCCGAAGAGCUUCAGGGAACAGCCCUCAUAAAGCAAAGACAUUGCUUGAAGAACAUAUAAAAGGCUUAUUAUUUUAAAGACUAUGAAAGAAACCAAAGUAUUUUUCUUUUAAAGUGAUUAUGUACUUAUUCAAACAUACUUAUGGAUAGUUUAUGCAAUUUCUGCCAGCAUCACAUACUGGACCUUUAACAUGCUACUGCUGUGUUUACAGGUCUGAGCGAAAAAGCUGCAUUAAGUCUUUAAAAAUUGGGGAACAACUUAUGUAAAAUUUUGAUCAAUAUGAUUAAAGUUUGAAGUUUAAAAAGUAUAAUUAAAAAAGUGGAGAUUGCACUUUUGUUUGCUGCUUCUCAGCUCCAGGCUACAUUAGCUGCUUGUCAAGUUGCAUUGUGCAUAACACAGGCAGCAGUUUUUAAUCGUAUAUAAAUAACCUCAGCAGUGAACUUGUCUUUAACAAACAGACAAAAAGCCAAUGGACGAAAUUUCCCUCCAAAAUACCAAACUGUUCUUUAUAGAAAACCCUAUAUUUUGACUUAUCUUGUUCUGAAGCACAAUUUUCAUCAUAUUGAUCAUAUUGAAUCUCCCAGUGUAACCGUGUAUAUAAUCCAUGACUAACCACUGACACGAGUCUUUGUAAAUACUCCCAAGUGUCCACAGAAGCGUGGAACAACAACAAAGCUUAUAUGUGAACUACAUUUUAUUUUUCUGCCCUGUUCUUAUAAAAGCGAGGGAUAAAUACAGAGCCAGUUUGUAUAGACUUCAAAACAUUGUGUACUUUAUAAGUGAUGUCUAAUUAUUGACGUAAUGUUUUAUAUAUGUAACAGUUUCAGGCUCCAUCGAAUCACAAAUGGUUUCCAAAUGUCCAGACCAUUUUGCAGAUGUUGAUGUGAUGUGUCAAAUUGUCACUGUUUUCUAUGUACUGUAUACUCCUGAGCAGUCCAAUAGAAAUGCUACCAACAACAACAA